GCGUCUACUACCUUCGAAGCUUCCACCGGCAGUUCCCGGUGGAAUGUACGGCUGCGUUAGAUGAAGGGUUAUGAUACCCAUAGUGCAUGACCUUGGGAACACAUAAACAACGAACCGGAUGCCAGCGCAUAGUGCAAUACCAAGAAGACUGGUCGAACAUGCUGAGCAAUGUCACUACUUUUGCAGGCCGUGUCUAUUGAGUACAAUCUCAUUGAUGAAUAUAAAUCAGGACGAUCUCCCCGAGACCUGUGCAUAACCAACCCACAGUCACUCGUUUCUUCCCUUCUAAGAUGUACACUGCUUCGAUUCUCACCACGCUGCUAGCAGCUCCCCUCGCCCUGGCGGCUCCGCAUGUCUCCAUGCGUGCAGUUUCGGACAAUGUCAAGUGCCCAAUUGUUCUUGACGGCCGUGUGUCCAGUGCGCUUUCCAAGACCCCUACCGCGUUUGAUACCUCCAACGCUCUCUUCAACCCGGACUACGUCAAGGGCAACAACAUUACCUGGUCGCAGAUCCUGAAGUUCCCCGCCACUGAGGCAAGCCGCUUUGAUGGCUCAGCCAACACUGCUGUCGAAGUUACCAUCUCCGACCAAUCGAUUUUCCAGCAACAGUUCGGCUUUCGCCGUGCAGGUCUGCAGUUCGCAGCCGACUCUCCCCAAGACCCGAGCGAUGAGGGCAUCAAGACUCUGCAUUUCUCCGUAAAGCAGAAUCCUGCCAGACCGUUGAACCUGACUCACGAGUACCUUAACGCGUGGCACGAAGCAGCAGACUACAGUAACAAUCAGAUCCAAUUUCAAGUGGGCACUUUGAUUGACAACCCCUCUUCCAAGAAGAACAACUUUAAGAUCCUCGAUCGUGCAGGCAAGCAGAUCUGGGGUAUCCCGAUCGACUAUAAGAAAUGGCAGAACUUUGCCAUCAAGCUCGACUACACAAAGAACCAAACCACAGUGUACUACUCCGCCGGCGCGGCAAAGCUCGCCCGUGUUGCCGGUCCCACAAGCGUUAACCUUGCUGGUGGUGGUCAGUUCCAGAUCGGUAUCCUGAAGAAGCCUACAGGUACUUCUGACGUCGUCAACGCUGGCUACCAGUCACCGAACCUGAACGAGGGCCAGAUCUACGGUGGGCUGUUUGUUGAGGAUUCCGCGAAUGGAUGUGUAUCGCUUUGAGCGCGUACAUGAACUCUUGACCUCAUGGUGCACAUAAUUUGGCGGUUUGGUGUAUAUACUUGUACGGUGUGCCAGCGAACGUCUGGCGCGAGAAAUAUCUGCUUUUCACGACUGUACAUACUGGGUUUUUGAUGCCGAAAUACAUCGUUGAGCAUAUUCUAAAUUCGCACUUAUCUCCAACGACU